UGGAUCAGCCCGCACUGACCGAACGGCCGUCGCACGGGGCGCAAGCGGUCGAUUAUGCGUCUCGCUUUUUGAGUUGCCGCGAAGCGUCUCUUGUUUGGAAGCAACUGUAAAAUCGAUCAGACGGCUCGAAGAGACAACUUGGCACCAUGGAGUCCUGCGGGAUGAACGUCAUCAAGUACAUCCUCUUCGUCUUCAAUCUAGUCUUCGCGAUAUCUGGUAUAGGUAUUAUCGCGGCCGGAGCGUUGGUGUUGGCAGAUGUUGGCGAAUUCAAUCAUUUCAUGGAAGGAAGGAUAAUGGCUCCGCCAAUAGUGCUUAUAGUUGCGGGGUCUAUCGUUUUCAUCAUAGCUUUUCUGGGCUGUUACGGCGCGAUCAAGGAGCAUUACAACAUGUUGAUCGCCUUCGCGGCCGCGCUGUUAAUAAUCUUCGUGAUCGAGCUGGCUGUCGGUAUUGCCGCGGCGGUGUUCAAGAACGAUUUCAGCGUGGCGAUGAAGGAUACCUUGAAGGAGUCGAUGAAGAAUUACACGGACGCCGACAAGGAGGCCUGGGACAACGUGCAGAAAAAGCUGCAAUGUUGUGGCGUGGAUGGCCCUUCCGACUGGAACACGGGAUUCAGACCCUUUCCGUCCUCCUGCUGCACCACGGACAUGCAGGUGAUAUGUCAGUACGGCAACCCGACCAUGUACAAGGACGGAUGCUUCAGCAAACUGGAAAUGCGAGUCAUGAAGGGCGCUACGGUCUUGAUCGGCGUGGGCAUCGGGAUAGCUUUCGUGGAGAUUGCCGGCAUUGUCCUCGCUUGCUGCCUCGCCACGGCCAUAAAAAGGGAAGGUGACAAAUGAAACGAGGUGUAUUGAUUUCAUUUCGCGUUGCGUUAGAUCCAGCCGCAUAAUUCGUCGCGCAAUCGAGCAAAUUGUUAGAAGCGUCGCAUUCAAUCAUCGACAAAGGAACGUGCGAUCGAACACUAAGCGUCUCGUUUGCCGUUUAUUCGCGCAUUGCGCUUCCCCGCUCUCGCGAUGUUCUCCACGUUCGCCUAAUUCCUACACAGGGCACAGGGUACGAACCUAUUUCAGGCUUUCACACCCGAUACGUUUGUUACGUAUUUUGUAAUUACGCUGAGUAUUUUUGCCUUUAUACACGUAAGCAAUAAGCGUACACUCCAAAUAAUUAAAAAGAUAUUCCUAGAAUAGACAUUAAAUUCCUCCAUUGUUUCAAUUAUAUGUUGAAAUGAUUGUUCUCGAUUGAUGCGAAUAUGUUGUCGAGUGUUAGUUUGUAAUCAUAACAUACGCAUGUGCAAAUAUUACCAGAUAAUAUAAGAUAUCUAUGAAUUGAUAUCCAAUUGGUGUUGUCAACAUAUAUUUAUAAUAUAUCAUGUAUAUUUAAUCUUUAUAUGUAUAUCGCUGAUACACUUAUUUAUCUCUAUAAUCUUUUGCCUAUUGAAGACUCCAUUUAUUUUAAUGGUGGA